AUGUGGAAAAAAGGAAAAAGGUCCGGUGGAGUCAAAAGGAAGAUUAAAAGAGAAUAUAAAAAUAUUACAAAUUACCAACCAAAUGAAACUAGUGAUACUGAGUCGUCAUUUAUAGAGAAUGAAAGAAAGUCGACGUCUUACGAAGGUUCCGCAGCAAAAACGUCAAACAUUGAUAUUGAAAGUGAAAAUUUUAUAAAACCUUGGGAAACUGAUAACGACAUAUUUUCAUGCAGCAGUACAAGUAAAGAAGACGAAAUUUACUGUUCCGUCGUAAAAUUAAGGAAUGGGCUAUAG